UCAAACCCUAAAAAAAACACCGUUUCACAGUUGACCAUACAUCAUAUUAUCGCAAUCUCUCUCUAAAUAGAUCUAAUGGAACUCCUUGCAGUGAUAUGUCUUUUACUUGUUUCCCACGUCAUCUUCUGCGUUUUCAAAUCGGUUCUUGAAAGAAGAAACAGGAGAUGCUUUGUGCUUCACUACGAGUGUUACAAGGGGAAACACGAGAGAAAGCUCGACAGCAAAACGUGUAUGCAGAUCGCUGGUCGGAACAAGAACCUGAGCCUUGAAGAUUACCGGUUUCUCCUCAGGACAAUGGUCAGUUCCGGCAUUGGAGAGGAAACUUACGGCCCAAGCAACGUCCUCGAAGGCCGAGAAGAGUGUCCAGCUCUUCUCGACGCGUAUUCUGAGAUGGACGAGAUCGUUUUCGACACAUUGGACAGUCUCUUCGUAAAGACGGGCGUUUCACCUUCAGAAAUCGACGUACUUGUCGUGAACGUAUCCCUCUUCUCACCGGCCCCUUCUCUCGCUUCCCGGGUGAUAAAGAGGUACACGAUGAGGGAAGAUAUCAAAUCCUACAAUCUCUCCGGGCUAGGUUGUGGAGCGAGUGUCAUAUCAGUAGAUCUCGUCCAGCGAUAUUUCAUGACGCAUAAAAACGCAAUGGCGAUUGUUGUAAGCACCGAGUCAAUGGGUCCGAGCUGGUACAGUGGCAAAGACAGAUCAAUGAUGCUCCCGAACUGUCAUUUCCGGGUAGGAGGGAGCUCGGUUCUUUUGACAAACAAAGCUAAAAUGAAGAACAAAUCCAUCAUGAAGCUCAAGAGCAUGGUCCGAACACACAUCGGAUCAGAAGACCUUGCAUACUCUUGUUGCUUACAGAAGGAGGACACAGAAGGGAGACGAGGUUUUCAACAGACCAAAUACUUGAAAAACUCGGCGGUGAGAGCCUUGACGAAAAACCUUCGAGUUCUACUUCCAAAGGUCUUGCCCAUGAAGGAACUUCUUCGUUACGUGAUAGUACGUUCACUAUCGAAGAAAGGAAAACCUACAGGCGAGAAGAACGGACUAAACCUGAAAAGCGGGAUACAGCACUUUUGCAUACAACCCACGACAAGGGCAAACAUCGAAUCCAUCGGGAAAAGCUUAGGACUUUGCGGAUACGACAUCGAGCCGUCGAGCGUAACGCUCCACAGGUUCGGUAACACGUCGUCGGGCGGAGUUUGGUACGUUUUGGGAUACAUGGAGGCGAAGAAGAGGCUGACGAAAGGUGACAGGAUUCUGAUGAUCGGACUGAGCGCAGGAGUAGAGUGUAUCAGUUGCGUUUGGGAGAUUACAAAGGAUAUGAACGGCGAAAAUGUUUGGAAUGAUUCGGUCGAACGUUACCCGGAGAUGAUGGAAACUCGUAAUCCUUUCGAGGAGAAGUAUGGUUGGAUCAACGAUGACGCAUUGAGCUUCGUCGAAAUGAUCAGAGGUAUAGAAGCUCAACACAUUUCUACGUCUCCCUAGAUCGAGGAAAUUAAGAAGAUGUUUAAUUACUUUCUGUUUAAUUCGAGGUCACUUAUCUGACGACCAUUUAUUUUGGUUUAUCGUUCACGUUUGCAUUUCAUGCAGCGUAUGCAUGAUCAUGCACCUAUAAGAUCUACUCUCUCUCUCUCUCUCUA